GGUCGAGAUAAAUUUACCUGAUCGUUUAGUUUAAAAUGUGUGUACAUGUAAGACAUAGAUAGCGUUUCAAUCUACAGAUAUCGUUCAAGUUCGUAUAGAAAAACGAAAGAAAAUCUAGAAGACAGCCGUCUAUCAUUUCUAUCAGUAUGACACAAGCAGAUCUUAUCAUUAAGAAUGGACGAAUUAUUGAUCCUGCAAAUAAUAUUGACUUUACCGGAAGCGUGGCAGUUUUGAACGGCACAAUACAGUCUGUAGGAACAGAUUUGAAUAUUCAAGCUGCAAGGGAGUUUGACGCAACGGGCUGCAUUAUAACACCUGGUCUAAUCGACUGUCACGUGCAUUGCUACGAGCAUGCGACACCUCUCGGGAUUAAUCCGGACGAAAGCUGUCUAUCCAGAGGAGUGACGACAGUUGUAGAUGCUGGAAGUUCUGGCGAAUCAACUUUUCCAGGCUUGAGGAAAUUUAUUGCAGAAAAAAGUAAUACAAGAGUGUUAUGCUUUCUCCACAUUGUUCAACAUGGGUUAGCCUCUUCUGGGUGUGCCUCUGGAGCUCCAGGUGGUGAACUCGAUUCAUUAAAUCAAGUGAGUGUUGAAGCAUGUGUUAAGUGUAUUGAAGCUAACAGGGAUAUGAUAGUUGGUGUCAAAGUUCGACUUUCUGAAACAAUAGCUAAUGGAGGGAAAAAUGAAGAAGAAGCCUAUAGGAGAUCUCUUGAGGCAUCAAAACAAGCGGGAGUACCACUAAUGGUUCAUCAUUCAUUAUCUACUGUACCUACACAGUCAGAUGGAAAGUCGUCGACGUUAUGUUGCCCAAAAGACAUGCGCACAGGUGACAUUUAUACUCACACAUUCCAUGCUCAUGAAGGCACUAUUUUGGACGAAAAGACUGAUACAAUAUAUCCGGAUGUAUUGGAUGCUAGUAAAAGAGGUGUUUUGUUUGAUGUUGGCCACGGACAAGGAUCUUUUAGUUGGAAGGUCGUCGAAAUUUGUGCAAAAGCGAACUUUUGGCCUGACAUUAUUGGGACUGAUCUGCAUACAGGAAACAACGAUGGUCCGGUAUACGAUCUACCAUUAGUUAUGUCGAAGUUCUUGCAUACUGGAAUGCCUUUGGUCGACAUAGUCAAGGCAACCACCUAUACCCCAGCACGUGCAAUUAAAUGGUCAAAUUCGAUUGGUUCUCUGACAGUUGGGAAGACAGCUGAUAUUACCGUGUUGAAAAUAGUCGCAGUUGACAUUGACCUUGAAGAUUCUCAAUCUCAAUUAAGAAAAAUAUCAAAACUUAUUAAACCUGUAGCUGUUUGGAAAGCAGGAAGACGCUUUGAUAUUACAAAUCCCAAACACUUUCCAAAUCUUUAUGCUCGAGCUAACAAUGCACCGGAGUGGCAUAAACUAGUAAUAAGAGAUGAAAUACCGCCGAAUGAACUUAUACCAUCUUGUGAUCUUGUAGAAAUUCCACCUGUGUGAAUUUCAAUUGCAAAAAUAUACAUGUAUAUGUCAAUUUGCUAGUAUAAAAUGUCUUCUUUUACAUUUGACUAAUUUUUAAGUAUACUUUUUAAAUCACAGUCCGGUCCUAUAUGUACAUAUGCAAAUUUCUGUACCAAGUCAAGAAUAUGACAGUUGUUAUCAACUGGUUUGAUGUGUCUGAGCUUUUGAUUGUUCUAUUUGAUUAGGUACUUUCCGGUUUGAAAAUAUCUGGAGUAUGGUAAAUAACAGUGAUAUUUUACAGGAAUUCCCUGAUUUCAUCUUUAUUUAUCCGGAUUUCGAUACUUGUUUUUCAUCAAGAUAACUAAUGUAAGAUGAAGAUUUGAUAAGGCAUUGAUGUGUCCUUAUUUCUUGGUAAAUUGUAAAUUAGCAUAUUUUAGGAAGUUGUUUUGUCAUUUUCACAUCGAUGUUUGACUUUUAAACAGCGGUAUACUACUGUAUUUGUGUGUAGCUCAAAUAUAAUAUACGUAUGUACACUAUCAACUAAGGGUAAUAAAUCUUUCAAAUGACUUUUAAAUUUCCUUACAUAUUUUGAAAUAUUUACUCCGAUUUUUUUUUAUCCAUGGAUUUCUGAGU